GACUGCGCAUGCCCAACUGAAAACUCCAUUCUUUUUUUUGCUCGGAAUCUGUAAGAAAAAAAAACAGUGGGAAACUGUGAAUUUGGGAUUACAUGGGUCGUGAUGGUAGUCGGAAUACAUUUGAAUACCAGAUGGUUUAGCACAGCAAAGAGCAAAACAACGGCUGGAUAAGUGAGCACCAGGAGCGGGACAUCCUUCAGUCUUGCUGGGACACUCCAUAAUCAAGUACAUUUUAAGUCACUCAGCUCUGCUAGCCUAGCUGGUAGUGUUAGCCUCAGAUCCCAGGCGCAGUAAGAUGAAGCGUUAUUGCCCUUUGUUUUUAAGUCGGAAUGGCAGACAUUGCAUAAACGCCCAGAGCUAAUUGGUAGCAAUUUUAAGUGGUUAUAAUGCUGAAAUAGUUUAUUUUAAGGUUAUUUAUUAAAGUAUCAGCCGUCUUCAAAACAUUAUCUGGCUAUUCCGUUAGCUAGCCAGCUAAGACUUGAUUCUCCCGCGAGCUAGAGAGACGAAGACUCCAAAACUUGGCCAACACAGAGAGCUUGAAGCAGAGAAAGGUUCAUAGGUUAUGCGAAUUAUACAUUAGCUAACGGCUAUCAAUAAGCUCUCCAUCGUCAUCAAAGACCACAUUCUGAUGUGAGCUAAUCGGUACAUCUGCAGGAGACAACCUCUUAGUUGAGCUGAGGAAAGUCCUGGUGUUUCGGCAUCAAGUCAGGUUUAGCUGGCAGUCUGUGCGCUUCUAACCCACCAGCAUGUACAUUGAACAGUGGAUACCUUAGCCAAAACAGAUCUUGGCUUAUUAAAGAUGACAAGGUGCUGGCAGGCCACAGCAAAAAAAUGAUGGGAGGCAGUGAGACUGUAAGUGGGGACAAGGAUGGGGUCCACACCACUGCAAUACAAGUCCCCAUCGGCUGGCAGAGGAGAGUGGAUGGUGGUCAGGUGAUCUACGUCAGUCCUAGUGGCACAGCUCUAGCCUCCCUGGACGAGGUCAAGACCUAUCUGUUGACUGAUGGCACCUGCAAAUGUGGUCUUGAAUGUCCACUCAUCAUCCAUAAGGUUUUUAACUUCACUGUGGGAGUGAAGGUGGAGCAGCACAACCAGCCAUUAGGCAAAGCAGAGCAGGACAUGACCAAAUUGUGUAACCACCGCAGGAAAGUGGUAGCGAUGGCUGCCCUGUGUCGAAGUAUGCAGGCCUCACAGCUGCCCUUUGCCAAUCUUCAUCACUCAGAGGGGAGCAAUGAAAUGGACAACCGGGAUCCAAAGCCACUACAUUUAGGGCGGGAAGAAGAAGACUAUGGAAUUUACCAUCCUAAACUUCAUCCUGUCCACCCUCACCCCAUCUGCAACCUCCACCCUAACCCCACAGCCAGCCCCAAGUCCUCGCACCAGUUAAUUUACCCUUACAAUGGUUCCUCCCCUGUCCUUCACACAGGCACAAACUCUCACCAUCCCCUAGAAGCUUUGAGAAGGCUUCACCAUCCUCCUCCUAUCUCUGCCUCCUCCAGCUCUUCCCCCAGCUCCUCGUUCCCUACUCACAAUGCUCCCCAGAGGUCGCCCCGCACCCCCACACCUCAAAAUGUCAGUCAAGGUCAAAGAACACCCAAAACCCCAGAAACUCCGGCUUCUCCUCGGAUGGGGCGUCUCUCUUCACCUCCUCUUUCCCCUAUGACUAUGGGUGGAGGAGGCAGAGGAGCACAGACUCACACUCAUCACCCUUAUGGUGUGAUUGUGGGAGGAUCCCCCUUAUCUCCUUCUCCUUCAAUCUCACCCUCUGUGCAUAACAUGAACUGUGUUUCUCCUCACCAGCGCUCCUGCCACCCAUCAGGCUCUCCCUCCCCUCUGUCUGAUCACAUAGGAGGGUCAGCAGCAGCAGCAGGUGGAGGACUGAUGGGAAGUAACUUGCCUCAGAGGAGGAAAUCCACCUCUUCCUCCCCACACUCCCCCAUGUCCGGUAGCUCCCCAAAUCCCAGCCCCCACUUCCCCAAGUACAAGCUGGAAGACAUCUUGGAGCAGUUUAGGAACUCAGGCAACAGCAGCACUAAUAACCACCACCUCCUUAUCCCUACUAACCCCUCCUUACUGACCAACCAAAGCAGUAGCAACCCUCAUGCUCUCUCUUCUAAACCCUUCAAGUCUACCAUGAGUCCUACGGCCAGCUCAGGGUCACCAAGUUUUGGGUUUAACUCUGUAGGGUCAUCUACUUUACCUCUGGGGCCCUUUUCGAACCACCACCACAGCCAUCAGAGCAAGCUGCCACACCCAGCUUCUUACCCUGCAAGUAGCCUGCUCUCUGCUGCUGCCAAAGCUCAACUGGCUACCCAGAUAACCCAGAACUCAAAUGCGGCCAGCAACCCAGUGAGCUUAUCCUCUUCUCUGGAGCAACAGUCAUCAAAGGUAAAAAACAGCACUUUACAUAACAGCCAUCCUCCCUCCUCAGUUGCUUCUACCAGGCCUCCCCUACUCUCCCUUGCAGCAGCCUCCUCCGUCCUUUUUCCUCCAUCCCACUCUAUUGCCCAGUCUCUGGCUUCCUCCUUGCCCCACCUGCCUCCAACAGCAGAGUGCAAUGCGUCACACAGGAAGAGGCAACGCCGAUCUCCUACAGUCCUUAGUAUGCUAAGAGACACCAAUCAGGUUUCUCAUGGUCAACAGAAGACGCCACCAGGGGAAGCGGUGUCUGCUACAGUAAUCAACCUAUCCUCCUCUUCCUUCCCCUCAUCCUCCUCUACCUCAACUGUGCAGAACCAGAAAGCUGUCAUAGUAGGAAACCAUCAUCAUCUACUCCCUGGGCAGAUGCCAAGGCUCUCUGUUCCCAGACAGAAAGCACACCUUUCAAGGCUUCCUCAGCACAAUGAGGCACUGGAUUUUACCACAGGCCUGGCAUCUACACCUCUUGGCUUGGAUCCUCCUACGCAACCUCUGUCUGCUCUGUUACACCUCCUCAGUGUGCAGAAUGCGCAAGCCUCGGCCACAGCAUCCAACUCGACCCCAUCUCAUCCAGUAUCUGUUUUUAAUGAAGGAGGAGGGCGCCCUAAUAAACAGAGCCCCAGACUGUCAACCUCUCCUUCUGCCCCUCACAUCAGGCAGCCACAGACUCACUCACCAGGCCAAACUUGUAACACUAAUCCUUUACCCUUGGUGUCGCAACAGCUUUCUCCUCCACCCACUUCCUGUCAAUUUGGAUCAGUACAGUCUCCAUCACAUACUCAGUCCACUAAAUUAAAGAGACCUUCUCCAUCUUCUACAGUGCCACCCAACUCACAAUUGGCUUUACAUAACAGCAGCAGCCCAUGUCAGCAUUCAUCUCUGACCCCUUUAGACAAGCAUCAACAAACUGAGAACCACAUUCCUACAAACGAUUCUGUUUCCCAAGCAGCAUUGCGGGAAGCCUUACCACGAGGCACUGUGGCAACAGACAUGGGUAGUAACAGUGAAUCUACAUCAGUGGACCAGAGUCCCUCAGAUGGCAAUGUUUCAGUCGCAGUAUCCAGCUCCCCAAAGCCUCUUGAUCUUAGCAACCACGUCCUCGCCCUUCUAGCAGCAUCUUCCUCUGUGCCCCAGGGGGAGGGCUGCUCCUCAGAUCGUGCCACUGAUGUCGUAAUGUCUUCCCAUGGAAAUCCCAAUGCAGGGCCAGAGGAGCCUAGAUGUGUGGACACAAAGGUCUCCAUCCUGACAAAACCUCCAGCAGCCAUCAGUCCUGGGCCCAACAUCUCUCGUCUUGGGGAUAGUCACAGUCCUCAUACACCUUCAAUUAUGGGUGACUCAACCAGUCCCUUACCUCUAGCAGAGGCUUUCCCCUUCAUGAACCAGGAGCAGCUGCUUCAGCUUCUGUCAUCCACAGGAGGUCUACCAUCUCUCCUGGACCCUGCAGUUCUGGCUUCAUUGCCCCUAGGUGGACUAUGGCUGGGAGGUCAACAUGCACAGAUACCCCCUGCAAAUGCCACACAACAACAACAGAAUCUUGCAGAGCAGCAGCAAUCGGAGCAAAGUCAGCAGUUACUGAUACAACAACAAGAGACACAGCAGCAGAACCAGGAUCAACAGCAUAAGCAACAACAGAUAAACAACAGCCCUCUGUUUCCAUUGUUGCCCUUGUUAAGUGGUGCUCAAGGGGAGCUCCCUCUGAACCUUUUGGGCCUGCUGAACCCACUCCCUGCCCCGACCUCAGCCUCAACUCCUGCCCCAGGACAGGAAGCAGACUUAGGGCUAACAGAAAAACCUAGCCUUCAGGCUCUGCUCAUGGCGUCAUUGUUGCUUGGGCAACAGCAUGCGCCUUUGUUACCUCUAUCUGGGCUUGCUCAGUUGAGCCAGGUCAGCUUAGAAGUUCCUCUCCAGCAGCCACAGCACCUGCCAACCACAUUUGAGGGCCUCACCUUGGAAAAGACAUCUGGCUUCCUGGAUCCAUCAUCACUACAUGGCCCAGGACUUUUGGAGGUUGCACAGGGCCUCCUCCCCAUUCCUCCAGGAGCUGAGGGCUAUAUCCAAGCCCUACAGUCUCUGCUCUUCCCUGCUGGUCUUCCUCCUCCCCCUGCAGCCUUCCUGCCCCUCAGCCCUACCUUGCUUGCUGCUGCCCUGGGCUCUGCUGAGCUCCACCCACCUCCCCACACCCAUUUAGUUCCUGCACAGCAAACCCAACAUACCCCUCCUCAGGUAUCGGCUGAUUCUGGUGUUGACACCCUCAUCCCCCUAUCUCUCCAAGGCAAGGACAACCCAAUUCUUCAACAUUUACUGCCCACUUUGCUUAACCCUGCUAUGUUAGGAGAUCUUUCUGCCAUAACAAGUCUCCAUAACAUGUUGGGGAUUGGCGCAGGUUCCAUUCUUCUACCCCCAGUCCAGGCCUCUGCUUUAGGCAUGCCUCUACUGCAGGGUCCUGAUGGAGCCAUCAACCUGCUCAACAACAUACAGCUAAAUCUUGCACCACCCUCAGAGGGAGAGAAGGCUGUCUCAUUGCAGGAGUCACAAAGCCCUGCCCAACAGGAAGACAUUCCAGCUAUUCAGAUUUCUACUGAGGUGGUUCCUAGUCCUGUUCCAACUCCAGCUCCUGCUACUGCCCAAGAGCCAACACCAACCCAGCAGCGAUUAUCUGAGGGAAAGUCUGUCAUUGAUCCUUACACCUCUUUCAUGGACACGAUUUAUACCUCCUUUCUUCAAGUCAACGCUAAAGAGCAGGAAGACGGGGCCAAUUUGGGGCCCUCUGACCCCACUUCACCCUACUGUGCCUUACCGCCGGUUUCUUUCCCUGUGGAGCACCAUACCCGGUCACACCCUGCCCCAAUACCCCAGGCAAGUGCCCCAGCCUCCCUCAGCCCACGUCGGGCCUGUUCCCUCCGCAACCCAGACUUAUCUCGACUCCACCUGGAAGCAGUGGCCCAUUCUCCAGCCCAGGGGACCCCAAAACCCACUGAGGAUGGGUCCACACCGAGCUUACUAAGGAAACCUGACAUGGUAGAGGGGCAUACUCACCCAGAGCCUCCUCUGCCACCCAUCUACUUGGAAGAGGCGAAGACAGAUUGCACUGGGCCUUCUGCAGCUGUAUGCCCCUAUGUGCAGGCAGGGGUGGAUAGGCAGGGGCAUUUUCCCCAUGCAGGAUACCUCAGUCCACUGGAUGGAUGCAGUGUGAGGCCCAAAGAAGAGUCUGCUGAGACAUUUCUGCACACUGAACAGAGCAGGGAUCAAGCGGGAGCAGCGGGUGGAGCAAGAAGAGGAAGAAAAAGGAAACAAACGCUACAGAAUGUGUUAGAAGACUUCAGAGACAUAGAUCCUACAGCACUAGAGGACACCAAGGCUACGUCAGCACUGCUGAAGCCUGAGAGGUCAGUCCGCGGCAGGAGGCGUCGAGGUGCCAGGUCUCAAAGGCAGUGAUUGGUGGAGGGAGCUGUAUGUCACAGCUGUACACCAAUCAAAGGAGGUCCCCCCUCUCAUCGCUCCACCAUUGUCACCACUGUUUUUAUAAUUCAACUGCACUAUUAUGCUGUUGUCAUGUCAACCAUUUUUAUGGCAACCACUAUGAAUAAACACAUAGGAGAGGGAUCUAGACGGACAAGUUAAUUUAUAAAGGUAAAAAAAAAAAAAUCAAGAGAAAUUUUGUCAAUGCUUUUCACAUAGGUCUUCUCUUAGGUGUAGGUCACAAAAUAAUGGUUGCUUGACAUUGUGAUCAGAAAUCUGUUGACUAUGGUUGGUGUUAAAAUAAUAUCAAUAAGAAAACAUACAAAAAAACAAAACAGAAAAGUACUGUUUUCUUCUCAUCAGUGUGUUACUGUGAGUCAAGAUCAAGCCCAUCUACUUGAAAUAUGCUCUCUUUUGAAAGUGUGUUUGUACCUGUGUGGGUGUGUGUCUUUCUAUAUGUUUGAGUGUGUGUUGGACAACAGUGCUAUUGCUGAGCCCCUCAAUGUCUGAUGGUGAGUUGAACUUGUUUUCAUUAAAUUAUGUAGGCCCUUUAUAUCUUUCAUAGAAAGAUAGAGGGCUCUUUGCAGAGACAUACUUUGCAGUUGUAUUUCAAAGAAGAGUUCUAUAAGGUUUUCAAAAGUUGCUGGGAGGGGGGGGGGGUCCUUAAGGUUUUUCUCCUUCACAGUUGAAUAAAAACCUUCUGUAUGUGACAAACCAGGGAAACGAUGUGGAUCGAUGUAUCAUAUCAUGUAACUUAACACUCUAAGAAAACAACUUUUAAUCAUGAUUCAAGGUGUUCCUUCAGGUUUGUGCAUCACUAAUUGUGUCUACGAAGACAUUUAUAAGAAAUGAAGUUCUUUUGUACAACUGUUUGAAUCAGGUCAUAAUAUGUCAGGGUACCACUACAGAUCAGGAAAUUUAAGUGAAUAUGACAACAUGCAGUCAUUUCCACAGUACAACCCGAAGAAUUUAGUCAUGCUUAAAAAAUCUAUUUAGGCAUCACCCUCUUACAUUUCAUGCUGUAAAGAACAGCAUGAAGCUGUGUUGUGAUGGAGAUGAAUCAACGUCUGUUGUUUCUGUAGAAACCCGUCCAAACACUCUUUUUCCCCAGCCAGGAGAUUAUUGUCCGGAAAAGCUACAGACUUUUUUCAUUUGCAGAUUUCCUGAGUUUACACAAAGUAUAGUACUGAAUGCCCUUUGAUUGGUGAUGAGAAUGGCUGGAAAACACAAGUUCAGAGAGCGAUCAUGUCUUAUGUGGAUCUGUUGAGUCCUUGUGUUAAUGUAGAUUUGGAGUAAUCUCCCCGUCUCCUCAUAUCACUGUUUGAGCUCUCCUCCACAUGCUGCCCUGCCCCAAGAAUACUGGCAUCUCUAGCUGUAUUUAAAAAAAUAAAUAAAGAAAAGUGAAAAUGAAAGCAGAUUAUGCAAUUUCUACACUUGGAAAUGUGUAUAUAUGUACAGUUAAUGUGUUUUAUUUUGAUUUUAUAUUGUUAGAGAAAGAGACAAAAGAAAACAAAUUGUGAAUUUUUCUGGGAAUUGUAAUUAAGUAUUUUUCUCAUUCUACCCCUUGCUUUCAAUACUUAUGUUUCAGAAGAUUAAAUUGUGGACUGUAGCUUUCUUUUUAUAUGGGAGUCUUUUUUAUUUAAUAUUAAACUAUUUACAGAAAAAGUA